AUCUCUCUUCCUGUCUCUUUCUUCAAGUCUUCAAGUCAAAGCCAGCUCUUCCAGGCAAUCUUGGCCCAUUAUAUAAAGACAACACUCACCACCCCAAUCCAAGAAACUUUCAGUUGAUAUAAUAUCAACUUCCAUGGUGGUACCCCAUGCUUCUUCUGCUCUUCAAAAUAUCAUAUCCCCACUUAAUUUUCACCAUUGUCUUAUUAUACUCUCACUGUAUGGUCUCUCUCCAAUCAGGUGGACCAAGUUAAGGAAAUUUGACUAGCUAGCUAGGGCUAGCUUGUCCUUGCAUGAGGGUUGUCGAUUAAAGGCAUUCACAUAUAUAUAGCAAUGGAUAAAGAAGAGAACUACUUGGCAAGUUUUGCUGGGCUAGAUUACUCUCUAGACCAUCAUCUUCAUCAACCACCACAGCACCACGAACUCAUGAAGCCGCGGAUAGCUGAAACUUCUGGUGAUGAUGACAGCAACACUGGGAUGAUUUAUUAUAUGCUCAAUAAUCCUCAUCAACCACAAAUGUCACCUGGGUUUUGUACUUCUACUUCUUUCGAUAAAUUGAGCUUCGCUGAUGUGAUGCAAUUUGCAGACUUUGGGCCUAAGUUGGCCUUAAAUCAAACCAAGAUAUCUGAGGAAGAAAUUGGGAUCGAUCCAGUGUACUUCCUCAAGUUUCCGGUUUUGAACGAAAAGAUUGAGGAACAAUCUCUAAUGGUCCCUCAACUAGGUGGAGAAAAUGAUGAGAGGUUUACAGGAGUGAGUAGUGAUGAACACAGGGAAGGAAUGGUCGGGGAAGAGGGGGGUGUUAGGGAAGAUGAAGAAGCUAGGCUUUGGGAUAAUAACUCGGUGCAACUUCAGUUUCUUGGAGAUCAAGAUCUUCAAAACAAGAACCCUAUACCAGAGGGGAAGAACAAGAGAAAAAGGCCAAGAACUAUCAAGACAAGUGAGGAAGUUGAGAGCCAAAGAAUGACUCAUAUUGCAGUUGAAAGAAAUCGAAGAAAGCAAAUGAAUGAACAUCUUCGAGUCUUGAGGUCUUUCAUGCCAGGAUCUUAUGUACAAAGGGGAGAUCAAGCUUCAAUAAUUGGUGGAGCGAUAGUGUUCGUUAGAGAAUUGGAGCAACUACUUCAAUGCCUCGAAUCCCAGAAGCGGCAAAGACUAAUGGAGGAUUCAGCUCUUGCAAUCCAACAACCUCAUCGUCCAUUCUUUCCUCCUAUGCCUCAACCAAAUGAUCAAAUGAAGACUCUGGAUCUCGAGACUGAACUCCGUGAAGAAACCGCUGAGAACAAGUCUUGCUUGGCUGAUGUUGAAGUGAAGCUUCUAGGGUUUGAUGCAAUGAUCAAGAUCCUCUCUAGGAGAAGGCCAGGUCAGCUGAUUGAGACCAUUGCAGCACUGGAAGAUUUGCAGCUUAACAUACACCACACCAGCAUUACCACCAUUGAACAAACUGUUCUCUAUUCAUUUAAUGCCAAGAUUGAAAGUGAAUCUAGGUUCACAGCAGAAGACAUAGCAAGCUCAGUUCAACAUGCAUUCACUUUCAUCCAUGCAAACAGCAGCAUGUGAUGCUAAUCUAAGAUGGACAGAAAAGAUGAGCUGUUAUGUAUUUCCUUACACCUACUUUUGGAUUAUCCUUUUUUAGCUACUUUCUUUUUUUAUUUUUCCAUUGGAUUUCCUAUUUUUAUUAUAGAAAUAACCACUGGUUACUGAUCUAGCAACUAAGUAUUGAAUAGUUUCGGUUGGUGAUCAUUCUAAUGAGCCGAUGCG